UUUCCCUUGCAACUUUCUCUUUUGAAAUGUUUGGUGAAAGCAUUCGAUCUCGUGAAAGAGUUGACGCGGACCAGACGAGACACGGUGCCUCCAUUUAACGAAGACUGCGUGAGGCAAGUGUUGGACGAAAUGAAAGCUUUAUUCGAAGCCAACCAAAAGGACGUUGCAGCGACUGUUGAGGGAGAAGGCGGCCGAGUCUCCGCUGUUCAACUACGUCAUGCGAGCCUCGAAAGGAACAAGCGCUGUCUCUUGGCCUAUGUGUACAAUAGAAUGGAGCGUAUACGUGAAAUUCGAUGAUUUGGGAGCGUUCUUCCCGAUGAAGUAAGGAACAACCUGAACGAACAAGAAAUCGCUUGGUUCGGACAGUACAACCGUAAUCUGGCUAACUACUUGAGAUCUGUUGGAAUCGAUUUGAUGCAAGUCAGUUUACCUCCGAAAACUUUGUGUAUCGAAGUGCGAUGUCUUGUUGAUUAUGGUGAAUUCGUUACAGAAGAUGGCGGAGUUGUUUUAUUGAAGAAGAAUUCAGUGCAUCUAUUGCAAAGAUCAGAUUGUGAACAUCUUGUGAGACAGGGUAUAUUGGAACAUAUAUUGUGAUGGCAGACAGGCAAUCACAUUAUUCAAAUACGUGAGCAGAGAUUUACACUUUGGUCAAGAUAGUUUUCAGUAAACAAGGUAUGUCACAAGAUGACUGCAAGUAAUAUACAUAUGUGAAAGAGAAUGUAAAAACCAACAUAGCAAGAAAAUUUCUCUCACUUAUUCUUGAAAAGCAUUUUUCUCCUUCCAGCCUUCGCAAGAUAUUCAAUAAAAAUUCUGUCAAGGUUAGCUACAGCGGCUUGCCCGAUAUUAAGAGUACAAUUGCAGAUAAAAAUAAAGCAAAAAUUUCCGAUAAUACCUGUAACUGUCGAGUAAAACCAAACUGUCCACUUAAUAUAAAAUGCCUAACCUCGUUUCUUGUAUACAAGGCUGUAAUCACAAUAAAGAAUACAAAUGAAUCCAAAGUGUACAUUGGAAUGACAGCCGGUACGUUAAAGAUUGCUACAACAAUCAUACGAAGUCUUUACUCCAUUACAUCCAUAGAAAUGUGACUGAACUUUCGAAAUAUGCAUGGAAACUUAAAGAGGAAGGUAAACCAUAUAAUAUCACAUGGUCCAUAGUAAAGUGCGAACCACUAAGAAAAUCAGUUUUGAUAACAAAAAAUAAAUCAUGUUGUCGGUGUUUGGAAGAGAAAAUUAACAUUACGUAUGAAAAUAAGUCAUAAGAAACUUCUGAACAAAAGAUCUGAAAUGUUUGCCAAGGGCCGUCUCAGAAAAAAAUUUACCGCGAAGUGCUUUUCGCAGGUUUAUUAUGUUAAUUUAAAUUUGAAUAAUAAACAAAUUUAGAUUUGAGGACGCAAAGUCUAA